AUGAUCCAAUACAAGUGCCUCUGCGACGAGACGGAGGAGGACCUGGACGAGGAGGAGCUCGAGAAUGUCUUUGACGUGGAGAUGUCCGACUCGUCAAGCUCCCAGAGCGAUGAGGAUGAUGACGAUGAUCACGAUGAUGGAGAUGAUGGCAAGCGAAAGGCUUCGAAGGCUAGCAAGAGCAGCAAGAAGGACGACAAGGCAAAGAAGAAAGGAAAGAAAUCGAAAACUCCGAAAAAGUCCCGGGGAAAGGCUGCAAUGGCUAAGGCGAAGUCGAAGCAAGGAUGUGGAAAGGGCAAAGACAAGAAGGCGCUAGAAUUCAUGAUUCUGCAGAUGAAUUCAUGUUAUUGCACAUUGUAUUUGAAAGUAGCGAUUCAUGAUCAAACUUCGGUUCUUCUAAUUGCGGUCCAGGCCAAGGUGGAGUUGACGCCCGAAGAGCAGCAAGCGCAAGAAGAAAAGGAGAAGCAGGAGAAAGCCGCAAAGGAGAAGAAGAGCAAGGCAAAGAAGGCUAUUGACAAAGCUACCGAUAAGAUCAAGCUUGCGGCCAAGAUCGAGAAGGAAGAGAUCCCGGAUGUGUUCCUAGCCCACGUGAUCCAGCAAGCCCGUGCCAAGCUGCAGAGCGCAUACGACGCCGAUGAGGUGACGACAAUGGAGGAAUUGACCGUGGCCCUGCUUGAGGCUUCUGCUAAGUUUGAUGAAAUUGCGAAGGUCUACAAGACCAACUGCAAGAGCAGCAAGAAAAGCAGUGGUGGAAAGUGA